AUGUCGGAAGAUAAUACAGAUUCCUGCUACGAAUUGGCCGGUUCUGAAGAUGGAGAAUUCGCCUACAGUCUAUUUGACGAUUUCAAGUCCACUGACGCCUUUGAAGUUUACGAUUAUAUGGAACAGAAAUACGGCUUCAAAUAUAAUCUACUUGGUACUUCGACCUUACACAGAGUUGCACUACUGAAAUACCUGCAGGAGAAAAAAGAUGCAAACAAGGAUGUUCUAGAGGCCUACAAUACACUAAAAAACAAUAAAAACCUGGUUUUAGAUAAUUUUGAAAAUUAUGUUAAGCCCCCGUUUAAAAACGAAAAGUUGAUUUGGGGAUUUAUGGAAAGUAGUGAUAGUGAGGCUGAAGGAUCAGUGCUAUCAAAUUACGUCCCAAACUAUCCGAAAAAGGAAGAAUUAGAUCGCAAAAAUGAUAAGAACGGCGAAGAUACGUAA